AUGAAGCCAGCAGUAUUUCCCAUUGAUAUCCGCGCCCCCGAAUCUGGAGGGGGAUACAUUCCGCACGAAUCAUGCCCACCUGCUCUCACUGGGAAGCUUGGGGGAGGGCAGCAAGGGUUCGGGCUGUACCCCCUUGUCCACCCCAAUGGCCUAGCUGAUGCCUUAGAGCAGCUACAGUGCACCUCCGACGUCAUGUGCCGCUAUGAUGGUGCUGAUGCACGACAUAGCCUAGCAGUUGACCUCAACGGUCACUUGACCCUUCGGAAAACACCAUCAGCGAGUCAACAUUUGCCUCAGAUUAUUACACUUUCAGCCCGUCAGCCCCUGCUCGCGCCAGCGAGUCAAGCUCAAGACUAUGGCGCUCGUGCGAAUAGACUCCAAGAUCAAGGCCAAGGACACGAGACGACUGUCGUGCAUUUCUCUCAUGGAGACCCAGAAGACCCAAGGAACUGGCCACAGUGGAAGAAAUGGCUCAUGAUCGGACCCAUCUUGCUCAUCGACUUGUCCGUCAGCUGGGGUGCAUCGGGCUUCUCACCUGCGAGCAAGAAGUUUGCCGAAGAUUUCGGACUGCCUUCGGGCCUGGGUACUCUGGGGCUGUCUGCCUACGUGCUGGGACUGGCGUUUGGCCCUAUGACAUUGGCUCCUCUUUCUGAGUACUAUGGAAGACGCCCGGUCUACAUCUACUCUUACUUCGUCUACUUGUGCCUUCUUGCUGUAUCGGCAGUAUCCCCAAAUCUUGCAGUCUUCUUGCCGGUGAGGCUGCUCUCGGGCUACUUCGCUUCCGUAACCAUCGCAAACUUUGGUGGAACCAUCGCAGAUCUCUACCACCCACACGACACGGGCCCGGCCAUGUCUCUUUAUCUCUGGGCAGCCACAUGUGGCUCCCCGUCUGGCUUCUUCAUGAUGUCGUUUGUGGCUCAACACAGAGGCUGGCGGGAUGUAUUCUGGGCCCUGCUUGCCAUUUGUGGGAGCCUUUGGGCCAUCAUGACCGCAUCACUGAUAUACUGUGGAGAGACCCGCCACAGCAUCCUCCUUGCCAAACGGGUAGAGCAUGAACGCAAACAGAACAGUGGCGAAGGCAACAUUGACCUUCCUGAAAACAUGAAGCAGAGGAGCGCCAAAGAUCUCUUUGCCGUCACACUUUCCAGACCGUUCAGAUUUCUUGGCACCGAGCUCAUCAUUGUGUGCGCUGCUGUGUAUAACGGGUACCUCUACGGUUUGAGCUUUCUUUUCAAUACUGCAUUCGCCCUUGUCUUUGGGCAGGGCCAUGGAUUCGACACAAUGGGUGUGGGUGUGUGCUUCCUUGGACUAGUCGUAGGUAUUAGCCUUGGUCCUAUUGUGAAUAUCUGGCAGGAGAAAUACUACCAGAAAAGUGUUGAAGAGUCUGGUGGUAAGAACAUACCAGAAGCGCGCGUUGGCAUAUUGCCCAAGAUUGCUGCUAUCUUAUUCCCGAUAUCUUUACUUCUUUUUGCGCUGACAACCGACCCUGCCAUACAUCCGAUCUUUCCUAUUCUAGCAUCAGCCCUGUGGGGGUUCAGCUUCUACACUCUGAUUCUCAUGACGUUCACAUACACCGAAGACUCGUACAAGGUCUACUCGGCUUCAGCGCUAGCAGGCAUUGGUCUCAUCCGCAACCUUUUCGGCGCCGGCUUUCCUCUUUUCGCGCAUGGACUUUUCACCAAAUUGGGCUACCAGUGGGCGGGUACACUGCUCGCUGGUCUCGCAGUCAUACUGGUGCCGAUUCCUUUCGUGUGGAGUCGUCACGGGCGACUACUACGGGAGAGAAGCCCUUGGGCGCGGGAACAUAUGGAUGACCUAGACGGCGACGAAGAAGACGAGCAAGCCGCACCUUGA